CAUGACACCAUUUAUUCUACGCCUACGCGUCUACCUUAGCAUCCCAUAGGCCACAUUGCGACACUGUCUGCUCAAACCUCCCCUCAACCUACUUCCACAGUGCAUCUACCUUAUCAGAGGAGAUGCACUCUUCUAUCCCUCCCAUCAUGGCCGCCUCCUCCGUGUCACCGUCCCCCGAAUGACGUCGCGCAGCAUCAUGGCCUCGUGACCGUCUGCUCUUGGCCUAUAUGACGAACCACUCCCGAGUCAGGGACCAGAAGAGGGGGUGUUUUGGGGGAACAGACAUAUGAGGGAUGAAGGGACUAAUAAUUCCCUCUCAUCACCCACCUACCCCUUGUUUUCCUCCCCCCCAUCCAGCGCACAUCGAGGGCUUCAUCGAACCAGUACCCGAGUUAUCAGUCCACCUCUAACAUAAAUCUUCAUACUCUAUCACCAUGAGUGACAAUCCGGGCCCUGGUCUCACCGACGAGAUCGUCGAGGAGGCGUACGACCUCAUUCACGAGGCGGAAGAGGAAGCACACAUGGACGAGAACCAGCAGGUGCGCAGUGCCCCUGACGUUGCGCUUGUUAUCAAUGACUACGUUGCACUAAUGUGACUGCAAGAUUCCCUCGAAAUCGA